AUGCAGUCAAAUGAUCAAGAUGUAUUAGACUUGGUACACAUGAUAUGCGAUGAUAUCGAUAACAAUAAUGCUUUUUAUUCAUUGUUAAAGUAUCUUGCAGUUGGAAGAGGUCAUUUCAAGACGGUGAAUCAGGAAUGCCUACUACCCUUUUUAAGCAAUGAAACAAAGAUUGAAAUACGAUCAUUGAUACUUGAUGCUUUUGAAAAGCAGGGUUAUCAACCAUUUACUAAAUCAAAUUUAAAAGAUAUAAUUGAAUUAUUAUUAACUAAUCGUUAUAAACAAGAUAGUGACGAUGAAGAGAUAUUUAGAUUUGGUAUUAUUAAAUGGGUUGAUAGUAUGUUAAAGGAACCGAGCAAUCAUAAGUUUAAUUUGGGUCGAGCAUUCAAUAGAUUGAUAUCAACAUCUACAAUUGACUCUGUAUGGGUUGCAUUGUCAAAGAUUCGACAAUCAUCUCGAUCAUCACUGGUAUUUGAAACAUUGGAUACUAUUUGGAGACUACAUUAUAAAAAUAUUGGAUAUACUAUUGGAGAAAAAGAGAUCUCAAGUUUUAUAUCAAUAUCAAAACACUAUCAACUAUUUAAUGAUCAAAAUGCUUAUAACCAACAACAACAACAACAACAACAACUACCACUACUAUUACUAUUACUACAAGAGAUUACAGAAAGUAUUUAUACAAAUAUGCCACCUCAAUCAAACCUAUGGAGGAACAAAGAUUUUCAAGUGUUUUUUAAACAAACGAUUGGUGUUUUAUUUCAAAGUGCCUAUAAAGAAGAUACCUUUAUUCCACAACGAUUUGAAAAAGAUUAUAGUCGAUUCAUGGUUGAUUGGAAUAGUCAAAACUAUAGUGAGCCAAACAUAGCACCAAAAUCAAGAUUUGGAUUUCUUGCAUUUAUUAAAUGGGAUGAUCAGACUCUUACAACUAUUUCCGAAUAUCUCCAAGUAUUUUUCAACAAUUGUUCAACAUCAUGGAAAGAGAAAUUAAUUUUUCUUGGGAUAUUAAACCAAAUCAAGGAUAUUGAACUAGUAUUAUUACAACCCAAUUCCAUUCUACUCACAAUUCAAAUUUAA